AUGGUAAAAGUCAACCUUCGAUUUGGGAAACCCAAAAAAGGUGGCGGAACCCAAAAUGAAACGGACACUUCGGUUCCGACCUCGCCAACCACCAUCGCCCCGCCUUUGGAACUUCCACUAAAUUUACCACUUAUCUCGGUUACGUUGACUUCGACUAGCAAUACCAAUCAAGGGGGUACAAGUGUUCUUGACCCAGAUUUUAGUCUUGCCAUGGAACUAUCAAGGAGACUUGAAUUCUCUAGUGAUCCUCCGACAACAUCCACGUCACCAACUUCAUAUUAUAAUUCUUCAUCUUUCUCUAACAAUCCGAAUAGUAGUCUCUCCAGUUUUGCUACUACUAAUAACACCACCUCUCCUCAAAAUUUAUAUACUCGAUUCAAUUUACCGGCAACAGCAGCAACAACAACAACAACAAAUAAUAAUAAUUCUUUUUCAUCAGGAUUGCCUAAUAAUCUUUCGAGUUAUCAACAAUUUCUCAAUAAUAACAACACCAAUAAUAGUAAUACCGAAACCACAAAAAGUAAAUCAUUCCAAAAGCCAUUGGACAGUGAUGAGGAAACAGAGGAGUCCUCAAGUAGUAGUAGCAGCGAAGAAGACUCGCGUAGAAAAAAGAAAAAGAAUAACAAAUCAAGUUCACGAAGGAAUAAGUCAAAACAUAAAUCUGGUAAAAAGAAAAAACCAGUUGAUAGUGAUGAGGAAACAGAGGAAUCUGGUUCUGAUGAUGAAGAUUCAGAUGACGAAGCAAGUCUCAAGAAAAGACCGGGUCAUCAGAAACGUGACAGUGAUCCUUUAAUAGAAGUAAUGAAAGCUCGUCGUAAAGAAGUCACACAAAAGAUUUCCCUGGUGGAAAAUUGGGUUGCUGCUGUUAAUCCAACUGAUGGUGAAAAUAAUGUGUUAGAUCGAAUGAAAGAUCGGCAUCGUGUUGAAGCGCGGUCACUUGUAACUCCGCCCACUGCUGUUCCACCACAAUCUUAUGGUAUUCCUGAUGAUGAUAGAUAUCAUAGGGAUGAAUGGGGCUACGAUCGAUAUGAUAGAUAUGAUGGUCCAAGAGAUCGCGAUGAUUAUCGUGAUCGUGAUGAUUAUAGGUAUCCAUUACCGCCGCCUGGUGCACGAGAUCCAAGGAUUUUAGGACCUGGUGGUUUUGUUGAUGAUAGAGACGAUUACAGAGUUCCACCUAGAGAUCCUCGAGAUCCACGUCAUAAUGGUUUUGCACCGGAUCAUCGAGAAGAUUAUCGAUAUGGACCUCGUCAGGCUGGACCUAGAGGUCAAUAUAUUGACGAGAGAGAUCGACCUCCAUAUGAUGAUCGAUCAAUUCAAGAUGAUGUUCGUUCCAAAAGUUCAAAUGCUCGGUCCAGACACCCAGAAGGAUAUCUUGGAAGACGUGAAUCUACUAGUUAUGGCCGACCAAUGGCACCACCCAUUAAUGAAAAUAUGUAUGGUUCAAAACAACACAGUGGUUCAUCGGGUGGGCACUCUUUAAACGGCGAUGAAGUUCCUUUGGGUCGUAAAUAUCGAGAUGACUCUUUAGCAGGACGUGUUCCUUCAAGUAGUCAAUCCUCAUCAUCAGCAGGUUCAGCUACAUCAUCCAGGGACGGAUCUCAUAAUAAAACGUUAAAAAAUGAUCAUUUAAUUCGUAAAGUUCAGCCGCAGGCACCUUCUCAUAAAACGUCAUUUUCCUCGAAAAAUGGCGGAUCAUCCGCAAAAGAAAAAUAUCGUGAUGAAGCUUCAUCAAAACCAACUACUAAAUCGAAUAGUACUCAUUCUCGACAAUCUUCGUUCUCAUCAGGACCUAUUGGACAUGGCUCCGCACCUCAUCGGCAACAAGAGUUACGUGACAAUGAGCGCACUUUCCAAGAUGAUCAAGAAUCUUUCGAUGAAGACCUAAAACCUUUAGCUAAUGUACAUAAUUAUAAUCAGAAUAAUGGAACAUCAUCAAAACGUGAAAUAAUGGACAAUGAGCGAAAUAAUCACCAAUAUAACAACAACAACCACAGUAAUAACAGUUAUUCAUCACGUCGAUCCUCUGUUAAGGGAUCUGAUGGCGACUCACCAUUACCUUCUCCAACAGGAAAUAGCCACAAAAAUAAAUUCAAAAGGUCUAAAUCUCAAUCGGAUAGAAAAAGAACCGUGAAGCACCAAGUUGCACCUUCCGAUGAAUCAAGUUCAGAAGAAGAAGAAGGAUCUGAUAGAGAUAGCGAUAAUGAGCCUAUCAACUUACCAAAUAAUGGACAAUCACGUUCCCAAGGGAAUAUACCUCCUCAUAUGCGUCAAGAUCAUUAUGGUGAAGGAGUAAAUGGCGGUUUUCGACCAGAUUCUUAUGCUCCUCCAAGAUAUGGUCCAAAUGGAUAUCGGGAGGAACCUGUGAAUCGAUAUCCUCCCAGUCGUGAUGAUUUACCAAAUGGAAGAUAUCCUCCUGGUAGUCGAGAUGAUUUAUUGCCACCACCCGGUAGAUAUCCACCCAACAGAGAAGAGCCUAUUUCAAGAUAUGCAAGUGAACCUGAUGAAUUAUCUGUAGGGGGGAGAUUUCCUCCACCACCACCAGGUGGAUAUCGGGAUGAUUCAAAUGCAAGAUAUCCGCUAUUUCGAGAUGAGCCUUCAGUAAAUGCUCCAUACCCAACAUUCCGUGAAGAACCUCCGUAUGAACGUGGAAGAUUUGCAGCCCCUCGAGCUUUACCAUUAAUAGAACAAACACCACCUGAAUUAUCGAUAGGUUCUAAGAAAUUGCCAUUGAUUGAAAUGGCUGGCUAUAGAUACGAUCAAAAUAAACGAACACCCGUGCAGACCAAUAAUCAACCAUUCCUUGCUAAUAUGGGUUCUCGAAUUCGAUCACCAUCUCCAAUGCAACGUGGUAAUUAUCCAAUACAAGAUAAAUUAGGAUUUGCUCCACCGCCUCCACAAGAUCGGGUUCGAGACUUUCCUCCAGAGAGGGGGUAUGGUGGUCCGGCACCACCACCACCACCGAUGAGGGGAUAUAGUACUCCGGCUAAUAUAAGGGGUGGUAAACCAGGUUAUGAAGGACAAUUUUAUAAUGAUCGUCGUGGGCGUGAGGUUUAUGGUGAUCGGGGUUAUAAUGGAUAUGACGAUUAUUAG